GACUGGCAUAAUUUUUUGUAGCGGAAAUAUGCCUCUGUAAAAAGAUGGCAGAUAGCCUUUCUCCCGAAUGCACGCCUCUCAAAAAAGAAUACGACUCUUGCUUCAACGCGUGGUUUGAAGGUUAUCUUGAACCUGCUGUAUCCAUUUCCCAGCUUCCAGCCCAACAACAGCGGCAAACUCGCGAAGAGUAUUCUCGAAAGAAAGCUGAAGAAUUCCAACGAAAGUGCGGAAAGCUAUGGGAAGCGUACCGUGGUUGUGUUCAGAAAGCGUUGAAGGGAAAGGGAUUGGAUAAGAUGCUGGAGCAAUCGAGAGAAGAGAAUGCGUUCAAUUCAAUGCCACCUGUCAUCCAGGACAAGGCUAAGUAAGAGAUUCCUUUAGCCAGGUCCAUUCUGAAAAAAGUGUAUCAUAGCUAUUGGUGCGCCUACAUACCAACACUGCAAGCUGGCUGAGCCUGUUUUGAGUCUAAUGCCCCGGCAUAAACAACCAUGGCAAUAACUCAGUAUGAUCCCCUCUUACGGUCGAUAAUUCCAUCUUCAACUUGAAACGUGCUGCAGUUGAAACGUUCGCUGUCGCGGACCAGGGGUGGUAUGUAACGCUCGAUGUUCU